GGAGCUGGAUGAACGUUUGGAAAAUGAUCCCAACAUCGUGGUGUGCUGGAAGUGACGUCGCGUGCAGUUAAAACGGCUUGAUUGACACAUGAAGACAUGUAUGUGGUCGUCAAAACAGAUAACUUUCUGGAACUCAAGACUCACAUGCGCCUCUUAUUGACGACAUAGAGGUACUGCGCUUUGUUGGUAUAUACCGUCCUGUCGCUGCCAUGACAACCGACGAGUAACAUCAGCUUAAACGGAGCAGACAACCAUCAAACAUCAACAAAAAUGGACGGCUCGGUUCUUUUGCCCGUGGAGGCGGAAGCGUUUGUUGAAAGUUUGGAGAUACUUUCUCUGAAAGACGUGGGAUCGAAGAGGUGGUUCAGACAACAUGAGCAUGUUGAAAAGCUGAACAUGCAAGCGAUACUCAGCGCUUCAGCCAUGCACGAUGAGUUCAUCAAGGACAUCCUGGUGACCUCUGCAAAGAUUCCGGUCCUGGUCCAUGAGAUGAUCCUGACUGAAGUAUGGAAGCAAAAAAUCUUUCCCAUUUUAUGCCAACUGCAGGAUUUCACUCCCAGGAACACCUUUCCUCUUUACAUGGUGAUCCACUAUGAAGCCACCAUCAUCAACCUGCUGGAGACCAUCAUGUUCCAUAAGGAUUCCUGCGAGGGGGCCGAUGACUCCAUUCUGGACUUGGUGGAUUACUGCCACCGCAAGCUCACCCUGCUGGCCGCCAACACCGGCAAAGAUGGCGGCGUGACUCACAAAACGCACAGCCAAGUGACCGCCGAGGCAGUUCUCUGUUCCAAAGAGGAGUUGCAGAAUCAGGCUGCCGAGCUGGAGUUUGACAUCUCGUUGAAGGCUCUGUCCGUGCUGCGAUACAUCACCGACCACACCGAAAGUAUCAGCACCAUUAACCGCAUGCUAUGCAUACACAACGUGCCUUGUCUGCUGGUGCGCCUGAUCGAGUGCUGCCCGUGGAGUCGCUGCAGAGCAGGUGAAAUAGAGAAAUACAUGAACGGAAAAUGGCAGAAGAUCCCAGUGGAAGACCAUGUGAAGAUGACAAAACUGGACGGCCAGGUGUGGAUUUCGCUGUACAAUCUGCUGCUGAAGGAAGACUGCCGAAGGAAAUACGACUUUAACAGUUUCAACAAGAACCAGCUUCUCAAGCUUCGCAGUUUCCUGAGCGAAGUGUUGGUGGAUCAGCUUCCAAACUUGGCCGAGCUCCAGCGAUUCCUGGCUCACCUUGCUGUUACUGAGCCCGAACCGCCCAAGAAGGGACUUGUUUUAGAGCAGCUCCCUGAAAUGUGGAACCACAUCGUGAAAGAGAAUUCUGGCAAGUGGAAGGCGAUAGCCAAGUAUCAAGUCAAAGAAACCUUCAAUGCCUCCGAAAAGGACCUGAGACGACAAGCUCAGAGGCUGGCUCAGACGUACAAUCUGGAUGUGAUGGAGAGUCUCAUCCCGGAGACGCCAAAGUGCGGAUGCUGUGGGAAAAAGGCUGCUAAGAAAUGCUCUCGAUGCCAAGGGGAGUGGUACUGUCACAGGGAAUGUCAGGUGAAACAGUGGCCCAAACACAAGAAGGCCUGCCAGAUCAUAAUGGAGGCUAACAAGAAGACCCAGGCUGACCUGUGCAACGACAACAACAAAGAAACCUGAAGGACAUGGAAGCCCAGACCUAAAUCCUUGGGUGCACAAGAAGAGAACCUUUUAAAUUCCAUCAUUGACACAAUAAACUACAUUCUAUGUCCCGGACACAUUUUAGCAUCCAUUUUUGUUACAGAGGUCCUCACAGAGCCGCAAGAUUCCUCCGAAAAUAGCUAUUUUUUCCGUAGAACAUCAAUAGGAUAGGGUGGGUAUGCUGGAGCCUAGCCCAGCUGACUUGGGGCAAAAGGCGGGGUAUGCCUUGGACUGGUUGCCAGCCAAUGGAAA